CUAUCUCUUAAGCAACCACUCCAGGGAUCUGCACACCCGGGUGGGAGCAUCGCUGUUCGGAGGUUGGCCUUCCGAGCUCCUGGCGAGCGCGGGCGGAGGAGACUUGCGCAGGAGACUGGCCCCGAGGCCAAGAGGCGGGCACAGGGUGGAGUCGCCACGGUUGGCAGCAGCAGGGCUCCACCUGUUGCAGCGUUUGAGAACUCCACAGAGAAGGCAGCUCUGGACAAGGACUUCUGCUCCCAGACCCACUGGGCAGGGCAAGGCCACUUGAGAAGGGGAGCCAGGGACCAUCCUGAACCUGUCCCACAGAGCAGGUGCGUCUGGGGAGGUGAGACGCGAAGGCGACGGCGGGUCCAGAGGCCAUGGCAAGUUGGGGUCUCUGGGUGGGCGCCCCAGCGGUUCGCAAGAGAGCCUUGCUGCCGGCUCACGUGUUGUAUAGCUUGGAGUACUCAGCUCAGGGCCACUGACUGCGCAAGAACUACAGAGCCGAGGCGAUCAAAACCGGGUGGAAGAGAUGGAACUCUUCUGGCCGCUGCCCUUGGCCGGCUUUCCGGGAGACAGGCUGGCAGGGCCGGCACGUGUGGACAGAGAACGCCGGGUGCAGGGCCUAGGAGCCAAGGGAGAUCUGCUUAGGGGGAAGUCAAGGAAGGCUCCCUGGGAGGAUGCUUCUAACUUCCUUCACUGUUCCAACCUCCCCCUCUGUUCUCCUACCCACAGCGGUCCGCCCUCGUGCUGCCGCGGAGCCUGUGUGCCCAGCGGAGAUCCAAGCCGGUGAUCUGCCUCUUCGCACUGGCCCUGCGUCCGUGGGUCUGCCCCAAACCGGUUCCAGCCUCUGAGCCCUGAUUAUUCUGGUGGAUAGAGGUUCGGCGGAACAGUGUCACUAAUACGCAACACAGAUCUACGGGGAGAGGCACCGAAGACAGAGGACAGCCUGUAUCCAUCCCAGCCAUCACAGCUUGGAAAGCAACGCUCCGAGGAACCCGGACCUAGAGGUUAAGCUUACCGGCCGAUUCCCCCUGGAGCCACGACCUUAUCUUCAAGAGGAGUUCAAGUUUUGAGGAGUUUGCCUGGAAGGCACGCCACGCCCCCUCCCCAAUCUGAGCCGAAUUGGGAGCCAGGGUGAACCUGGGUCGCCCGCACCCUCGCACCAAGCCGAAGCAGACUCCGCGCCCCGACCCUCUGGUCUUCAGUCUUAAGGAGAACUCCAGAGCGGACGGGGAGGCGGCGACGACAAAGCGGAUUCGAAACCACGAGUCCAGGCGGACGUGGGGAGCUGGCUUCACAGGAACGACCGAGGAGGCGGCGGCCGGGAGAGCCUCGCCGCCUUGGGGAGCACGCCGCGGGAAUGGGCGAGCCCGCAAGCAGAGCCAGAGCGGGCUAAGGUCGGCGGAGCAGAUCCUCCCAGGGGCGUGGGCACAAGUCCGCGGACAGCGACCCUCUCGGGAUUGUCCUCCAGGGUCAUGGCUGGCCGCGGUUGCGGCUGCAGCCCGGGCCACCUGAACGAGGACAACGCGCGCUUCCUGCUGCUCGCGGGGCUCAUCCUACUCUACCUGCUGGGCGGCGCCGCGGUCUUCUCCGCGCUGGAGCUAGCGCAGGAGCUGCAGGCCAAGCAGCGCUGGGAAGAGCGCCUGGCCAACUUCAGCCGGGGCCACAACCUGAGCCGCGAAGAGCUACGAGGCUUCCUCCGCCACUACGAGGAAGCCACCAGGGCGGGCAUCCGCAUGGACAGCGUGCGCCCUCGCUGGGACUUCACAGGCUCUUUCUACUUCGUGGGCACAGUGGUUUCUACCAUAGGGUUCGGGAUGACCACACCAGCCACAACAGGAGGGAAGAUUUUUCUGAUCUUUUAUGGUCUCAUUGGAUGUGCAAGUACCAUCCUCUUCUUCAACCUCUUCCUGGAGCGGCUGAUCACUGUCAUUGCCUACGUCAUGAGAUCCUGUCACCAGCAGCAGCUGCGCAGACGUGGGGCGGUGACCCAAGACAACAUGAAGGCCCCUGAAAAGGGUGAGGCAGACAGCCUAGCUGGCUGGAAGCCCUCUGUGUACUAUGUCAUGCUGAUCCUAUGCUUGGCAUCAGUGGCCAUCUCCUGUGGAGCCUCCGCUCUGUACACCACCAUGGAGGGCUGGAGCUACUUUGAUUCCGUCUACUUCUGUUUCGUGGCUUUCAGUACCAUCGGCUUCGGGGACCUGGUCAGCAGCCAGAAUGCUCAGUAUGAAAACCAAGGACUCUACCGCUUCUUCAAUUUUUUCCUCAUCCUUAUGGGAGUCUGCUGCAUCUACUCCUUGUUUAAUGUCAUCUCCAUCCUGAUCAAACAGACUGUGAACUGGAUCCUGAGGAAACUAGAUAGCGGGUGCUUCCCACAAUGCCAAAGAGGACUCCUGCGGUCCAGGAGGAAUGUGGUAAUGCCAGGUAACAUCCGGAGCAGGUGCAACAUCUCCAUAGAGACGGACGGGAUGAUGGAAAGUGACACUGAUGGACGACGUCUCUCGGGGGAGAUGAUCUGCAUGAAGGACACCAACAAGGUCUCCCUGGCCAUCCUGCAGAAGCAGUUGUCCGAGAUGGCCAAUGGUGGACCCCACCAGAACAGUGCAUCCUCUCGGGAUGAUGAGUUCUCAGGGGGGGUAGGAGCCUUUGCAGUAAUGAAUAACAGGCUGGCAGAGACAAGUGGAGAUAGGUAGGAACCAGAAGUAGCUGCUGGAUGAAGAAACCCAAGGCAGGUAGGGGAUAAGGCACUGGCACACCACUGGUGAGCUCUGCUCUGUCUCUGGCUGUUGCAUAUAGUGUCUCCAGCCCAGGUUUUGAAAUCUGACCUUAGCCUCGAGCAACAGUAACCUUUCAAGGUUGAGGACUGGAGCCUCCUUCCCUGACGCUUACUUUACUCUUGAAUUCCAAAUUUCACAUUUGGAAUUGCUGAGGGCCUCACCUUCCUCCAGAGUUGUGACUGUCCGAGGGAGAUGGGUUCAGCUUCCCUACCACGAUCCAUCCCUAGGGAGGGAAAGCCCCGAAAAGCCUGAUUCGGUCCUGGAAUGGUGAAUGGCUGAACUUCACCCAGCCCCUCAAGCAAAGGCAACGGACAUUCCAGAAUGUCUUUGGGCCUUCUUUUUGCUGGACUUCCUUCCAAGCAUAUCUAUUGUUGGUUCCAUUGAUGGGGAAACCAUCUAAUCUUCUUUUUAUACCUGCUUCUCUGUUUGGGAGUCUUGGUUUCAUUUUGUUUUGUUUCCUGUUUGACUAAUGUAUCUUUUGGAUCUUACUUGAUAAGAAAACUAAACCCAUCUUCAAACCUUUAAGCUUGGCAGUGAGUUGAGGAAGAGGGAAACUCCAUCUUGUAACUAAAGCGCACAGCUUACUGUGUCGUCUCUGAAUGGUUACAUGGAUCGUGUCAUUGUACCAGGACUUGGAGCCUGUUGGAGAGGCAACUAUUUAUUAGAACUGAAAAUUUAAUAAAUUCUCAUUUUGUUAACUAUGA